AUGCAGCAGCCCAAAGUCUUCUACCCCCAGCACGAGACCUACGCCUCUCGACCCUUGGAGCGAACAGACGGGCAACAGCGCAACCGAUGCUUCCCGGCGUUUGUCCUGCCCGAAAACCUUGCCUCUGUAGGAACACCCAGUUUGUACCACCCGCCCAGUCAAGACCUUUGCGCAGCGCCCCCAGCAGGCUUCCACAUGGCGCCCUGCGGCUGCUUCUUCGACCCCCGAAUCUACCGCAUCGAAUGGGCCACGGCCAACUUCGUCCAGCCCUCAAUGUACAAACUGUCCGGCGGGCCCAACCCCCAAAACUCGUAUCUUCUGGACAACCAGAAGUAUCUCAAGGGCUCCGUCCAGCCGCUGCCCUACGCCCCCUACCAACCCGUGGCCGGCAACCCCCUGUUUGCCAUGCCCUUCUUCAAACCCGAGGGCUCCCCCGCCAAGCUGACUGACCACAUCGGCUUUGUGGCCAACCUGGCCCAUGGCUCCCCGUUUGUGGAGGUGCCCCGUCUGCCCGGCGAGAGCCUGAUGCCCGUGGAAGACCACAAACUGUUGGCCGUGGUCCAGAGUUCGAGUCUCAAGGACCCGCAGCAGCAUCCCAGCCAGAUGGGCCCCUACCAACCUCUUGACCCCAGGCCCGGCCUAGCUUUCCCCGUCUUCAAGGGCUUCCCGGUGGAGGAAGCCGACUUCAAGGUCAGCGAGGUGCCCCUGGGGAUGGGGGAGCUCCCCCUGAGCCCUGGCAUCCACCCUGAAGAGCCAGUCCCCUGCGGGGGGAUGGAACAGCUGGAGCCUUGCGUGAACCUGGAGGGGAUUCUUCCCCGGGAGACGUCCUUGAUGGAGGAGCCAGGCGGGGCCUUUCAGCUGCUGGACCAGGUCCCCCUGGAAGAUGCCAUGAAGCUGUUUGACUGCUCGCCCAUCCAUUCGGACACCGAGGCCCCCCUGGAUGACCUGGGAGGCGGAGGGCAGGCGGCUCUUCCAGGGGAGGCUGUGGUGCAGGAGGGCUGCUUCUCCGGCGGCGAGGACUCAUCCAGCGACAUCCGGUCCCUCAACCUGCCGGACGAGCUGCUCUCCUUUGACUACAGCGUGCCGGAGAUCCUCAGCGCCGUGACCAGUUUGGAUUAUCUCUACGACGUGAACUCCUUCGGGGAGGAGAUCCCGUGGGAAGGCAGGCUGGGCUCUCCGCUGCCUCUCCCGAGACUCCUCGGGUCUCCCGCGGGCCUGGAGGAGAAGAGGAGGAACCUGGGACCCGCCAACAGAGCCAGGAAGCCCGAAUGGGCCUGCAUUCAGGGGGGCGACAGGGAGACCCCGGACUCUGCCCUGCUGGCCCUCUGA